AACUUGUUGAGGGCAUUAAAAUGAUUUCUAAGAGCAUUAAAUUAGAGUAACCCUGUAUAAACCCUGUUAAUGUAGCUGGCGGGUAACGGAGUUGCCACGGUAACGGUGCUGUGAUGUUAGCGUGACCUGAGGGCGGCUAAAUGAAAGGCUGUAGGUUGACUGUGUUUAUGUACCAGGACCACGCUCUGGGUUACGGCAAGAGGAACAGUCGCAGCAGCGUGUUUCGCAUCGUUCCCAAGUUCAAGAAGGAGAAGGCGGCCAAGAAGAUGAGCCCUCAGUCAGUGGAGAGGUGGGGCACAGAGGAGGUGGGCGUCUGGCUGGAGCAGCUGAGUCUGGGCGAGUACAGAGACACCUUCACACGGCACGACAUCCGAGGCUCAGAGCUGCUGCACCUGGAGAGGAGGGACCUGAAGGAUCUGGGGAUAUCGAAAGUGGGUCAUAUGAAGAGAAUUCUCCAGGGAACUAAGGAGCUGGCCAAGGCCUUCAUGGUUGACCUCUGACCUGGCAGUAAACCCAGCAGAGAGGGGAGGGGGGCCCCGUUCCCCAACGCGCCUCGGAGCGACACAGAGGAUGGAGGAUGCUGAACCCCUCUGCUGCCACGGACAGAACCAGGACCCGUUCAUGCUUCGGUGUCAGGAUGGCGUUCCGGAAAAGUCCGACAGCGAGUCGCCAUUCUUCACCACAACUUAAGCUUUCUGAGAGUAAAUCUGCUCUCACAGCCGUCAGGAAACCAUCAGGCAUCCAGUGAUCCGGGCUGCGGGGAACCAGUAGCAUAACUAAGGCUUCCAGGGUGACGGAUCGCAGCCGCAUCCGAGCGCGACAGCAAGCGGCUGGACUCUGCUGCCGCUUCGCCAUCCGCCGCUGCAUGCUACGCUUGCUAAACCUUAAGUAUCUUUUACUGCAUGAUAAGUGUCUUGAUUUUUUUGGUGUGUGAGAAAACACUUGAAGUAUUGCGACGCCAUUCGUCACUACUGAACCCGACCUGAUGGGUCUGAACCCGCGUGUCGUUAUUUAUUUUUGCUUGCAUGACGGUGACGUGUCAAAGGUUCCUGUGGAGUGCCAUACGUUCAGUGGUUUAUGGUGAAACAUGCUUUAUCUCAACCAGGAUGUGAAGAUGAAGCCAGAAAGGUUUGGUUUCUGCUGGGGGGCCUGGUUCCCGGUGGGACCAGCAGAAUCCCGUUCCAGGCGGUUCCCAGUAGACCUGUGGGUCUGUGCCAUCAGAGUCGCUCGGUAUUUUUUAGGAAUACAUAAAAAGGCACUUUUCACAUCUUGCUUUAUGCAAGAAUAAAUCCUCAUAUCAUUAUUUAGAAUAAAAAGUCACCUCAACUUUGUACCUUUUGGCCGAUGGCUGAUGUACGGAAGUGUACUGCAUUCACCAAAGAAAAAAAUCAGACAACUUAUCUCAUUAUUAUGAGAAAAGAUCUCAUUAUAACGAGUUCUUGUGAAUAUAUGGAGUCAUGAAUAUUUGAGCCAGUAAUGAAGCAUCGCUCAGAAAACUGGUCUUCAUCAUUAACUCUUAAAUUCGUAGGGAAGCGGCUGUUCCAAACGUCGCAUUUCCGAAUUCUCCCUUAGUGGUGCCCGACUUUACACGAGUGAAUAAAGUGAAUGUGAUCGGUCGAUUAUCAAGGGGGCGGGAUUGUUGUGGCGGAAGGUUCGCAAUCAAGUCUGGUUUUGGUCGGUUUGCUGCUAACCAGUUAGCAACUUAGCGCUAGCAGGUUCCCAAUGGGAAAUUUCAUUGGGACCAAGUAGCACUAAAUAGGUGACUUAGAAACGACGCUGUCAAGGAACGCUAUGGACAGAGGAAACACGCAA